AGUUGCCACCUCAAAGCAUUGGUGGCAGUCUGCACUUCUCUGGUAAUUCUGCAUACUGCAAUUGUCACACGGAGCGACUUGUUGCGCGCUGUCUCGUGAAGGCAGCAAAAGGGUUAAAUCACGUGGGAGCGAGAAAAGUUGUCUCCCCUUCCCAUAAAGAAGUGUAAUUUGAAGAGAAACCGAACAAAGAAGUCUGGGAGUAUAUAAAUCCACCACAGGACAUCUCUGCUACAGUCACUGGUUGGGCGGCGGGUAGCGCACUCUGUUGACCGGUUCCGCAAUUUGCUCUCCGGUGCUCUGGUAUUCAACGAGUCCGUCUCGAGUCGGAGGAUGAUGCGGGGUCCUCGGCUUCUAUCCAGUGCUUUCGUUUUGCACUUCUUCCUUUACGCUUGCUCCGUGCCAGUACCCGAGGGCAAAGCCUCCGCCAGGCACAAAGCUGCAGCGGGUUGGCUCCAGAAGCCCCACCCGUACCCGCUGAAGAAGAGGGUGCGGCUGAACCACGGCCAGGACACGCUGAAGGAGGCGACCCGCGUUACGCCCGGAAACGUCUCCGAACUCUGGAGCCGACCCCGAUGUGGCGUCCCGGACUACCCCGCCCAGAAGAGGGGCGUGGCCACUGGGAGGCAGCGGCACAAACGAUUCGUUCUGUUUGGGGGCCGAUGGGACAAGACUGACCUCACCUACAAGAUCGUGCGUUUCCCCUGGCAGAUGAGUAACGACAAGGUGAGGAGCAUCCUGCGGGAGGCGAACCAGGUGUGGAGCGACGUCACCCCCCUCACCUUCACCGAGGUCAGCCACGGCCGCGCUGACAUCAUCAUCGACUUCACUAGGUACUGGCACGGGGACAGCCUGCCCUUUGACGGGCCUGGAGGAAUCCUCGCCCACGCCUUUUUUCCCAGAACCCACCGGGAGGGAGACAUUCACUUCGACUAUGACGAGACAUGGACGGUGGGAAACAGCAUUGGUACGAACCUGCUCCAGGUAGCGGCUCACGAGUUUGGCCACGUCCUCGGCCUCCAGCACUCCCAGGUCCCUGGAGCAGUGAUGUCACCGUUCUACAGCUUCACCUACCCGCUGGUGCUGAGCGAGGACGACAGGCGGGGGAUCCAGUCCCUGUACGGCCAGCGCCUCACCCCCGAGCCCCGCCCCACCCAGCCCCGCCCCUCCAAGCCCCGCCCAACCCGCCCUCACAUCAUCGAGACCAACGAGAUCCUCACCGUGCCGGACACCUGUCACACCGAUUUUGACGCGGUGUCGAUGAUCCGAGGCGAGCUGUUCUUCUUCAGGUCGGGGUACGUGUGGCGGAUCCGGGACGGGCACCUGCAGACGGGGUACCCCGCCCUGGCGUCCCGGCACUGGCCGGGGAUCCCCGAUAGCGUGGACGCCACAUUCGAGGACGAGUCCGGGAACAUCUGGUUCUUCCAAGGGGAGAGUUACUGGGUCUUUGACGCGGGGAGGCGGAUCACGGGUCCAGACCCUGUGCAGCGGCUGGGCCUCCCGGUGUCCCACAUCCAGGCCGCCCUCCUGAGGAGCGAGGACCACGCCCAAAGGGUCUACUUCUUCAAAUCGGGCAGCUACUGGCGCUUCAGCCCGCGGGAGAGGCGCGUGGACACCCCCCACCCCCGACACAUGCAGGACUGGAGGGGCGUGCCCGCCAGCGUCGACGGAGCCUUCCAGGACCGGCAAGGGUACAUCCACUUCCUGAGCGGCAGGCAGUACUGGAAGGUCGACCCGGCGACCCGGUCCGUCCUGCCCGGGUAUCCGCGAGGAAUCGGGAUGGACUUCUUCGGCUGCCCCGGGUCUAACUACCGAUAGGACCCCCUGCGGAGGGACGGGGGUCUCCUGGACAAAGCGGGCUCAGAACCUGUGCACGGUCAUCUUUUUCGGGGCCCUGUGAGGUCGAAAACAUGCCAGUUUCCCCACAUCGCGUUUGGUAACAGGGGAACAAAUGCAACAAUGUUUUUUUUUAAAUACAUUUAGUUUUUUGUUGUUGUUUAUGUUAUAGUAAGUAUAUCAAAAGUGACUUUGAAUCUCAAGACCUCAGCUCCCUGUUUGAAGAAGCUCUUCCGUGUCGAGGAAGACUCGAAGAGCAUGAAGUCACCCCCAUUAUUUUCCUCCCCACACCAGAGUUGCCACCAACUUCACAUGAAGCCACUCCCACUUAACCCCCAUAAGGACAGGUCAGUGUCUUGGACACAUCAACACCCCGCCCACUAGCCUGAUCAAUGAUGAACAUGAGAGAGAAAGGCAGUCUCUCCUCAGACCUGUACAUUUCACCUGGCAGAAUGGCAAGCCAAAUUUAAAAUAUCUAUUUCAUGCCUUGCUCUAGUACAGUGAAGAAUAAGAAGCACGUGGGUCGGUUGGAGAUGCUACAAUAUGUGAACAAGUUAGAAGACCACUGUGCAGGGACAUUACACUGCAGUACUGGAGAUAGUGAAUUAAAAAAAUAAAUAAACUUAAAACAUGCGUAGAAAACACUUCAAACUUAGAAAAAACGCUUAGUUGACGUGACAUACCUGCAACAUGAAAGCUACAGAGGACUAAAGAAAUCAUAUACGCCGUUUGAUUAAAGAGUAUAGUCUGUGGCUGAAUGCAACAGACUAAAUACUUUAGCACUGAAAUUCCUUACCUGUUCUACCUUCCAACUCCUCUGAAAUCAGUCAAAAUUAGUCUCCUGGGUCUCCAGACAUGAAAAAUGAAAGGUGGAGCUCUGCUCAGAAUCCAAAAACCUUUUCUUCUCAGGUAACAAAGGGGAGCGUUUAUUUUGUGUGUGCACGUGUGCGUGCUCGUGCGUGCGUGCGUGCGUGCGCGCGAUGCCUUCAGCCUGUUUUUCCAGCCUUGUUAAGGGGAGCCAUGCUACAAAUCAAUUUAGUUGAAACUGAGAAGUGUUGUAGUGACCAAAACGGCAUGAUACCACCCCUCAGUGGCUUGUAGGACAACCACCUGCAGUUCUCCUUCCUCCUAAUGCAGCCCAGCAUUCUGUACUACAGGUUAGUUCUUUUUAAAUAGUUUUUUUUUUUUUUUUUUAAAUAUCGCUUUGUCUUUUUUUAUGCAUAAAGGUGCUAAAAAUUUAAACAAACAGGGUGGUGGUUCCUGUUUCAGGGUAAUACUGAGGUUUUAUCAGUGCGUCGGAAACGUCUUACUGUGGUGUUUCUGAACAAAAAGGACAAAAUGCAGGGGGAAUUCACAACCCCAACCACAAAUUCCAAACAGCUUUCCAAAAAAUGUGCUAACACUUAGAAAAAGGUGCUUUAAAUGUUUACUGUUGUUAUUGUUAUUAUUGAUUGAGCCAAUUAACUGAGAAGUGCGAUGAAAACAGGAGUGUGAAAUCCAGACUGGUAUUGAAGCGGAAGUGGGAAUUCUAGAUAGGAAUUGAGCAGGAAGUGGGAAUUGCAGACUGGCAUUAAACAGGAAGUGGUAAUUGAUGAAUAGCAUUAAAGGGGAAGUAAUUAAUUAGUGACUGACAUUAAAGGGACGGUGUGAAUCAGCAACUGUAAUGAAUACGCAGCGGUAUGACGUGACUGAUAUGAAAGCUGUGCUUCUUUCCUGCAAUAUAAAUGUCAUUUCCUGUCAGUGCUGGACACUGAUGUCAUAAUUCUACUUCUCACUUGUAAGGGAGUUUUAUAUGCAUAAUUGUGAUCACGGUUUUCAAUGUAAUCCAUGCAGAGACUUAUUCGGUCUUUGCUGGCACUGGUAGCUUUAGAUGCUAUGGAGAAAACUCUUUAGCACUCAGACACUGUUAUUGUAACCAAAUACAUGUAUCUCUGAUCUGAAAAUCUUUUAAAUCAAAUACCGUAUUUACUGUGUAAAUAAAUCUUUAAAAUGUUGUACAAUAUUUUGGUACAAAUAAAGUUUUUCUUCUUUGUA